UUAUAUGGUCAUGUCUGUCACACCUGUCACUUGUCCUGUAUAAGCUGGGUCUAAUCUUGGCAUCAGUCCAGCUAUAAAACUGUGACAGUCCAUUGUCUUACGGGCUGGCUGGCUGUCUGGAACCUGUGCGCACAACGAAUAAACUUCAUUUGUCCAGACAACAGACCUAGUUCCCUGGUUCGUUGGGGUUUGGAUUCUAUCAAGUGGUGCCGUUAUCCGGAUUGGACAUCUCAUCUCUAGGAUAUACCCAGAGCAGACCGGAGACUGUGACGAAGGAACAGGACAUCAGACGGGUUCCUGAAGGGUGGUCGACGAACUGACAUUAAAGCCUAUCUAGGUCCCCUGACGCUACCCUGUGAGCUGUUUGGACACAUCAACACUUUCCCCCUAUAUUCUGGAAGAGAAGAUGGCUACCACUGCAACAAGCUGCAUAAUAAAAAUACUUUUAUAACAAAAAGGGAAUAAAGAAGAAUGAAAUCUGUAGUUUUCAUAAACAUCCUGACAAUAGCUUUUGCAGGCAUGAUGGAGGAUGUUUGUGACCACAACAUGGUCUGUGCUCAGGCCAUCCUGUGGACACAAAAGAGGUGAUGGUUGUUUGCCAUGCCUUGCAUCACUGCUAUUAUGUGAUCCCAAUGUCUAACAUUUCUGCGCAAGCUUUAUGUACAGACCAUUCUGCAUCUGAACCAAUGAGAAUAAUAGCACAAAUGAUGGUAGAUGGUAUAAGUGAAGAUAACAGGUCAUUUCCUAUUGUUAGAUGCCUCAGGUCAAAUAGAGCUGCCUGUUACAAUCCUAAUGCUGAUAGCUCCCGGAUUGUUGGCUGGCAGUAUACUGUUAGAGUUGAUAGUACUAAUUACAACUUUAUGGUUUAUCCAAAUUUAACUAUAGCGCGUGAUUAUCGGGACAAAUCUAGCUGGAAUUAUGGAGUAGCAGAUCCCAUUCCUGUGAGGGCUUCCUCAGGCUGGGUAUGUAUUGACAAACAUUAUCCAGAGGAUACUUAUCUUGGUAACAGUACAUGUUCUGUUUCAAUCUCUGCCUUCUCUAUGAAUGGCACAUUUUGGUGUAAACAUUCUACCACCACAAAUACCAACCCAUGCGGUAUUUGGAUGAAGGAACCACUCCCUUUGGGUUUCUACUGGGUUUGUGGAAACAAGUCUUAUCCAUCACUCCCAUCUGAUUCAUGGUGCGGUUCCUGUUACAUGGCUGUAGUCAUGCCUCCUAUUACAGUCCAUACCGAUCCAUGGAUCACAUUACAAUCUCAUGGACUUUUACUUCGUAUGAAAAGAGAACUUGGCAUUACCUUAACAGGUAAACAAACAUGGAAUGGUCACAUUAUAAAGGACCUCUGGUCUAGUAUAGCGCAGACAGUAGGGUGGGGAAUAUUUCCAUUUGGAGGUGUUGUAGAUGCCUUACAGAAGAUAAAUUAUUUGGCUUAUUCCACACAGAAACUAGCUAAUGAGACUAGUGAAGCUCUCCGCUUAGUAAAUGAUGAACUCCAUGCGUUACGAGAAGCAGUGCUGGAGAAUAGGAAGGUUUUAGACUUGCUGACCUUAGAAAAAGGAGGGGUAUGUCACAUUCUCAAUACCUCCUGCUGUAUCUAUGUCCCAGAUAACUAUGAAAAUAUUGAUAAAUACGUAGCAGACCUUCAUAGACUCAUUCCAAAUCCUGCUCUGGAGGGAUCGCUUGAUAAGUUCUUUAACUGGGUUGGCAACAUUUUUGGAGAUAUAUUUUCUGGAAUCUUACAGCAACUGCUCCGUUAUGUACUUCCUUUUGUAGCGCCAGUAAUAGUUGCUAUUGUUAUUUACUUUUGCCUCAAAUUACUCUGGUGUUUAAUGACUAAACUCCACCGGCAUAGGCGUUCCUUAUAACCAUGGAACCACUUCAUUUCCCCAAUUUGCCUGUAUGCGGACUGAAGGGAAA